AUGAUGCGACUUGGCGGCGUUUUGGCAGCCCUGCUGGAGUCGAAGCGAUUGGCUCUGGACGAGGGAGCGAUCACGCCAAUCAGCCCUGGCCGCGACCCAGUCACAUCGUACCUGCACGUGACGCACACUCCAGCGGUUACUGUACUCAACACCCAGUGCUCGAUCACAAUCAAUAAACUCAGUCCUGAAGAAGACCUUCACCUUGCAAGCUCUCUGUGUGAAUAG